CCGCAGAGAAGGAGCGCAGCUUUCUCGGCUCGGAGGGGGACUCUGAAUCAGACGGCACUGGCUCCUCCAGGAGCCUGCUGGUACUAGUUGAAUCUGGAGCGCCUCACAGCUGGAUAAUAACUGGCCUCAGACAGAUGUGGCUCCUUGUUGUCCCGCUGUGAACGCUGAAGCUCUGAGGCUUUCUAAUUAGGAGGGGCCGUGUGCGGUUUAUUCUUCCAGAUGUUCUUGCAGCUCCAGUUGCAGUCCAGAUCUGACUGGUCUACGUCGGAUAAACAUGGCAGCAGAGCUAUCGACCUCCAUAAACAUCAAGGAGCCCCGGUGGGACCAGAGCACAUUUGUUGGUCGGGCCAAACAUUUCUUCACGGUCACGGACCCCAGGAACAUCCUCCUGACUAAUGAACAGCUCUCACACGCGCACGACAUCAUCACGGACUACAGAAAAGGCAUCGUCUCCCCAGGUCUGACGGAAGACGAACUGUGGAGGGCCAAAUAUGUCUUCGACUCGGCCUUUCAUCCAGACACCGGAGAGAAGAUGAUUCUGAUCGGCCGCAUGUCGGCGCAGGUUCCCAUGAACAUGACCAUCACCGGGUGUAUGAUGACGUUUUAUAAGACAACUCCUGCUGUGCUGUUCUGGCAGUGGAUCAAUCAGUCCUUCAAUGCAAUAGUCAACUACACCAACAGGAGCGGGGACGCUCCAAUCACGGUCAGUCAGCUUGGCACAGCUUAUGUCUCUGCCACCACUGGGGCGGUCGCCACCGCUCUAGGACUAAACGCACUAACAAAGCACAUCUCGCCGCUGAUUGGACGGUUCGUUCCAUUCGCUGCUGUAGCGGCUGCUAACUGUAUCAACAUCCCGCUGAUGAGACAAAGAGAGCUUCAGCAUGGCAUUCCCAUAACAGACGAAAACGACAACAGGUUAGGAGAGUCAACAAAAGCUGCUCAGCAGGCCAUCUCUCAGGUCGUGGUCUCCCGGAUCCUCAUGGCUUCCCCAGGAAUGGCUAUCCCUCCGUUUUUAAUGAAUCACCUGGAAAAGAAGGCUUUUCUCAAGAGGUUCCCAUGGAUGAGCGCACCCAUUCAAGUCAGCCUGGUGGGAUUCUGCCUGGUGUUUGCCACUCCUCUGUGCUGCGCGCUGUUUCCUCAGAAGAGCUCCAUGUCCGUCAGCCGCCUGGAGCCGGAGCUGCGGGACAAAAUCCAGGCCAGCCACCCGGGGGUGGAGCGGGUCUACUUCAACAAAGGGCUAUGAGCGAGCCGCCCCCUCAUCCAAACACUGCCAUAAGUCAGCUGCAGACUCGGCCCCCCCCCCACCGCUCUGACUCCUCUCCUCAUUCAGUGUGCCAAAGUUAGUUUUUCUUGUCUUAUUUCCAACGUUCACAUCCAAAUCUGAGAACUCUCGCUCACGGUCAGUCAGAUGUUUGCUUUUAUCAAUGUGAUUGUUGAUUGUUAGCAGAAAGAUUCUUGCACAGAACCGGAUGAAAUGAUUUAAUGUUCCUCACGACGGCUGUGCUGUGACCUCUGUAAACUUUUGAAGUGAAUUUUUUUUUUUUUCCUGUGCGGUGUUUCAGUUUGGUGACUCGUUGAUCGUUUGCUCCCAUGGAUCACUCAUUGUAUUUCAGGUUGGCAGACAGUUUUUAACCUCACCUGCGUUAUAAACUGGAUCAAAACCUGCAGAGUUUCUGUUGCCAAAUCAGUACUGAUGCUUUUUUUUUUUUUUUUAAAGACCCACCGACACUUACAAGCUCUUGACUCGGGUUCAUUUUGCCAAAGUGAUUACAUGAAAACAAGCUUCUCGACAUCUAAUUGUGUAUCUCAAGACGAUUCUCAAGGGAUCCGCCCUGUAAAAAUGUAGCGAUGGUUGCUGUCAACGAUGGGCCGACAUGGUGCUAUUUGAUGUCUUAAUAAUCGGUGUUUAUCGUAAUAUUUAUUCUGCUUGCCAGACACGCUCGAACAAACCGCUGCUCAUUUGGGGUAUCAUGGCUUUUUCACAUUUCAGCGAAGCACACCUCUCUUUAUUCUGCUCAGCCAAAUCCUAACGUUUAUUAGGAAUGACAUGAUUUCUGUUAACAUUUUGCAAAUCUGGGUAAACCUUUUUUUUUGUUCUAAGGUGUUAAAGCAGACUUAAGCAUGCAGCAGCUGGUGGUUAUAUACUGUCAGUAUGCAUAAGGGAAGGUUCUGUGACAGCAUUAAAUAUGAACUUUCCCUUUCUGACACAUAUUAGAAAACGUUCCAUCUCGCUGGCUCCACAUUCGUCAGUGCAUUUCAUUGUAAGUAGAACAUAAUUGACAAGUGGGGGAAAAAAACAAUUGCGGUUUAAAAAACUUUGCUAAUUAAAUCUGAAAAGUGUGCCGUGCAUUUGCACUCAGCUCCGUUUAGUCCGUAGUUUUUAGAACCCCCAGCUUUUCUCAUUGUUCUUUUCUAAAUAGCUCAGCCAGAUUGGGGCGGAGAGCAUCUCUGAACAUCAAGACUUGUCACAGAUUCUCUAAUAAAUUUAGGUCUGGACUUUGUCUGGAUCAUUCUAACACAUACAUGAGUACUGUAGGCUUUGAUCUAAACCAUCUAAUUGUGGGUCCUGCUGGAGGUUUAUGGUUGUUGUCCUGCUGGAAAGGGAAACCUCCACCUCCAGUCUCAAGCAGCUUCUCACAGGCUUUCAGCUCUAUCCUCCUUCCCAUCAGCAUGAUGCUGCCAUCAUUGUUUCACCAUGGAGAUAGCUGAUUGUCCCGUGUUAGCUUUCUGCCACACAUGGUGUCAGGCAAGAAGCACAACAGGACUUCUUAAGGCUUUCCUUGUCUUUUUCAUAAAGGCCAAAUAUGCAGAAUGCACAAGUUAUAGUUGCCUUUUUAACAGCUUUGCAUCCCUGCAGCUCCUCCAGAGCUACCACUGCCCUAUUGAUUGCUUCUCUGACUAAUACUCUUACUACUUGUCUUGCUAGUUUAAGUGGAUGGCGAAAUCUUUCUGGAAGUUGUGCCAUACCAUUUUCAUUUUCAGAUGCUGGAUUGAACAGAGCUUCAGGAGAUUUUUUCAUCUAACCUUGCUUUAAAGAUCUCCAAAACUUCACUUGUCUGCUGGGAUUUCCUUCUUGAUGAUAGACUGUAUUUAGUAAUUAGGCCACUGCUUAAGAUUUUAUUCAAGGUUAUCUGAGUAAAAAAAGAGCUGAGUACAAAUGCUCGCCAUUUUUUAAAGAUUUAUUUAUAAAAAGUGUUCAAAACCACGUAUUCUUCUUCUUCCACUUCACAUGCUCUACUAAAUGUUGGUCCAUCAAAGGAUCUCAAUCAAGUCCAUUGAAGCUUGCAGUCUUGAUGAGACUUUUGCCAGUCACUUAAUUCUGGAGUUUGUUUCUACUGUUUUUAAACUAGAUUUAAAGAAGAUGUAUAGAGCAAAAUGAGAUGAGUGUGAGGCAGGAAGAGGAGGAGCUGUGACCUGAUGAAACCUGAGCUUUCCUUUCAUGACUUUGUGGAGUUUUUAACAUGUCAGACACAUUUCAUCCUAUUCAGUAUGAGGAAUGUGAAAAAAAAAAGGUCUGCAGCAAACGUCUCCUGCUCAGUGUUUAGUCUUUAGUCCCAGGAGAUAGAUAAAAGCACCAACCCUAAGGUUACUUGAGCUCACAGUUACAGCUUCACUCUGAUGUUGAAAUCAUUUUGUUUUUCUUCUGUAUUCAGAUAACAGCUGUGUUUUGGCACUGUUUGGGGUAUAACCUCAAUACCAGCCCCACCAAUAAUACAGUUUCUGCCAGCGAGCUAUGCUCAUAUAAGACUCAUCAUCAAACAUGUUUAAAAUCAGGGAUACGGGACAAUAUAACUUGAAGCCAGACGACUCACAUGCAAUAUUUCUCUAAACAAGUCCAAGUUUUGACCUGUAAAAUGAACCUUUAACUCUAUGUCUGAGGACCAGGUGUGCAGUGAGAUUGUGCUCCAUUUAGAACAGGUUGUUACAUUCCUAAAUGACCAUUGACCCAGUCCUUCUGCAGCCCUUCGUCUUCAUGGUGUUUCCAUGUUUUCCGUAAUCUCGUCACGUAAUUUGUGGUGUGACUAAUUUUACUUUAGAUUCUAGGUGUUUUUGAAGAGUUGCAGCUGUCCCUGGCUGAUGUGAAGUGGCGCUUACUCUUGUGUUCGUGGAAACCGAACAUUGUCCCCGGGUGUUAGAAGAUGUGUUGGGUCUAGAAAAGCACAAAAAAGGGGACAAAAUGCUGCAUAUUUCAAAAGCUUUUUCAAAAACUAACUAACAAACAAACAAAACAACAACCAAAAACAACUAUUUCUCAUUUUUUUUGUCAAAUUUUAAACAGCAUUUCAUCAGAUUAGGCUCUUUUUAAGUGUUGGGAUUUCAACCCUCAAAUUUCAGCCGAAACGAAGCAUCACGACCAAAGUGAUUCAAAAUGGACACAAGGUGAAAAGUCAUUAACUGUUUCCAUUGAAUUAAUGUGACAAAAAACUGUGAUUGUUCUGCAGUAACAUGGGGUGAUGUGAUGUUAACAGUAAAUGGAUAAAAUAAAGUGAAUUAAAUCGG